AUGAGCAGCCUCGCAAUGGUUGUUUACCACCACCUCUUGACGUUCGACGCGGAAUACAAGCACUUCUGGGCAAAUCGCAAGUUCGGCUUCGGGUGGACAUUGUUCCUUGUCAAUCGCUACCUACCGCUGGCCACGUCCUUGAGCGAGGCACUGUGGUGGCCGGUGAGCCAUAAUCAUACAGGUUUCCGAAAUUCGGUCAGCUGCGUGGUGCUCUUCACAUCCCAGUACACCUUUGAGUACCUGCAGUACGCCAUGUGGGGAGCAAUAUCUUCCCUCAGAGUGCACGCCCUCACACAUAGCUGGCCGCUUGUUCUAUUCGUUUUGCUGCUCGCGCUCGUGGCGCCCAUUACCACCGCUGUACAGUUGACAUAUACGCGACGUGCAAUCGACCCUAUGACUGCAGGCUGCUUCCUCGACUCGAGUAGGCUGCCGUUCAAACUGUACAAGAUUUGUACGUCUGCACGCUCGCGGAGUCGAAAGUGGCGCCCGGCGCUCACCCGCUUCCCUCUUUCAGUUCUUAUCCUGUCAUACGCCACCUACGUGCUCUCGGAGAUCAUCGUGGUCGGCGUCACCUUUCGCGCGACGCGCCAUAGCAAGGACCUCGCGGGUGCGCUGUGGCGCGGGCGAAUGUCGCUGUCGGAUGUUAUGUUCCGCGAUGGGCUCAUCUACUUCGUGGCAAUCGCGCUGCUCAACGCUGCUCCGUUUAUUGUGAAGUUCACACAGAUCGCGGAGCCGGGCAGCAAGCCAUCCGGCCUCGUGAACGCUCUGCUGAACUUUAUCUCCCCGUUCACGUCGAUCCUGCUCACGCAGUUCUACUUCGAUCUGCAGGAGACCGCAGGCGCGGACGUGUCCCUGUCGGGUUACGCAGAUGGCACUGACACAUUCGAGCUGCAAUAUAUGUCGACUAGGACGACCGGCGAUUUGCAGUUUGCAGUACUUGAUGAAUUCGACGUGUCGGGUACGAGCAACAGGCCCGCCAGUACGACCACGAUUAGUUCGCGAGCGUCCUGA